AUGAAAACAAACAGUAGCUGGGACUUGCUUAAGAUCCUUAAACCAUGCCCACCAAUACCUUGGUUAUGUGCAAGUGAUUUCAAUGAAAUCUUACACCAAAGGGAGAAGGUAGGGGGAGCUAGGAGGCCCUACAAUCAUAUAGAAAAUUUCAGGCAGGCCCUUGAAAUAUGUGGAAUCUGUGACAUCCAUUCAAAAGGGCAGAAAUUCACCUGGUCUAAUAACAGGAGGGGUAAGGAAUUCACAAAGGAGAGAAUUGAUAGGGCAAUGGCCAAUAAGGAAUGGAAUGAACUUUUUAACCAAGCUUACUGCAAUAUUAUGGUAGCUAUCAAAUCUGAUCACUCCCCUUUACAUGUUAAUUUACAGCAUAUUGAGUAUGGAAGGGGGAGGAGAAACAAGAUUUUUAGAUAUGAAGCAACAUGGGAACUAAAGGAGGAUUGUGGAGGUGUUGUUAAAGUAGCAUGGAACAACGACCAAAGGGGGGACACACAAGCAGGCAUGCUGAGAUUCAAGCUUAAUCUCUGCAAGAGGGACCUUUUGAACUGGAAAGAAAAGGCAACACAGCAAGCAAAAGGAGAGUCUUCUCGCAUAUUGACUACCAUCAGCCAACUACAAGACAAUGGUGAUGGAUCCAACAUAGAUCAACUGCAGAUAUUACAAAGAAAAAUUGAAGUCUCACCAGCUGAAACUGAGAUGAAAUGGAGGCAGCGUGCAAAACAACACUGGCUUAGAAAUGGAGACAAGAAUACACGAUACUUCCACAUGCAGGCCAACCAAAGAAGGAAAACUAAUUCCAUAAAAUCCAUUGCAGACAAUGAUGGGAAUGUAGCUCACGAACGUCGAACAUAA